GCGCAGGCCGGAGGGCACACUGUCCUCUGGGUAGCGCGGCCCGCGGCGGCUCCUUGCUCUCCCGGUCCCCGGGCAGCACAGCUGAGCCCGCCGCUCUCGCCAGGCUGCUGGGGACCUUCCCCUUUCCCCACGUCCUGUCCAACGACCCUGAGGUGUAUAUGCACUGAUGCCAGCCCAGCUGUCACAGAGAACCUCUCUGGGAGACUCAGCUCUGGAGCCCUGAGCCUUAGGCCAGGGGAAUGGCAUCCUUCCAGGAGCUCCAAGACCAUGCUCCUGGAGAGGAAGAUGGGCUUCUGAUAGUGAAGGUGGAAGACUGCUCUUGGGAACAGGAACCUGCCCAGCAGGUGAACAGCAAGGAUUCAGAAGCCUACCGCCAGCGCUUCCGACAGUUCUGUUACCGGGAUGUGGGUGGGCCGCAUGAAGCCUUCAGCCAGCUCUGGGAGCUGUGCUGCCGCUGGCUGCGGCCUGAGCUGCAUAGCAAGGAGCAGAUUUUGGAACUGCUGGUGCUGGAGCAGUUCCUGGCUGUGCUACCCCGAGAGAUCCAGACCCAGGUGCAGAGACAGCACCUUGGGAGUGGUGAGGAAGCUGUUGCUUUGGUGGAGGACAUACAGAAUCGGUCAUUGAAAGCCUGGCCACAGGAUGAGCCCUCUGAAGUGGAGCCUAAAGCAGCAAUCCAGGGACUCCAAGCCACAGGACCUCCCCAGAAGGCAAGGGUGCAGAAGCAGCUACCUGUAUCCCAAGAGCAACACAGCCAGGCCCAGCUUCCUGUUCUUAAAGAGGGACAGACAGGAGAGAUGAUGGAUGUCUGCUUUGCCUCUGCAGUUCAUCUGUCUGGGAGACCUGAGCUGGAUCAUAUCUCCUCAGUUCAAAAACCUGUGGCAUUGGGAGACAUCCCUUUCUAUUUUUCCCAAGAAGAAUGGGGCUCCCUGGACCCUGCUCAGAAGGAUCUCUUCUGGGACAUAAAGAGAGAGAACUCCCGGAAUGCUGCUCUAGGUUUGGGAUCCAAAAGCCAGAGCGAGAGAGUUUCUCCAGACAAGGCCAUGACGGCAUUGUCGGGACAGACUGACUGUGAAGUGACUAUGUCCUGGAAUCCCGAGGAGGCUGAGACCGAGGUCUGGGAGAGUGAGACCCCACCGAGGACAGCCCUGGGCGCGCUGGUGGUGGCGCGUCGGGGCCGACCGCCUACUCGCAGGCGCCAGUUUCGGGAUUUAGUGACUGAGAAACCGCAUAGCUGCGGGCAGUGUGGGAAGCGCUUCCGCUGGGGCUCAGACCUAGCCCGGCACCAGCGAACACACACUGGUGAGAAGCCACACAAGUGUCCUGAAUGCGACAAGAGCUUCCGCAGCUCCUCUGACCUGGUGCGUCACCAGGGCGUGCACACGGGUGAGAAGCCUUUCUCCUGUGCUGAGUGUGGCAAGAGCUUCAGCCGCAGCGCCUACCUAGCUGACCACCAGCGCAUCCACACAGGCGAGAAGCCCUUCGGCUGCAGCGACUGUGGCAAGAGUUUUUCGUUGCGCUCCUACCUGCUGGACCAUCGGCGUGUGCACACGGGCGAGCGGCCUUUUGGCUGUGGCGAGUGUGACAAGAGCUUCAAGCAGCGGGCACACCUCAUCGCGCACCAGAGCCUGCAUGCCAAGAUGGCCUAACCUGUGGGACCUGAGAAGCCCAGGGAGGUGGAUACUCCCUGUGAGCCUCACAGCCUCUCUUCUUUGCUCCUCUUGGAGAAUUUUCCUCUUGCCUGUGACCACUGCCAGCCUAUCGAAGGCACCCCAGUACUCUGAACUGGCCUGCCUGCUCCCAGGAUCCUGCAACCUGUCUCUCCCCUUCCUGCUAGGUUUCUCUUCCACUUGUUUCCUGGAGCUUGGCACUUUCCAGUUGAGUAUCAGGUGGUGUGAGGUCUCAGACAGCACCUAGGGUUUCUCCCCAGGACCCUCUAGCCUUGCUUGACAGAGGCUUUCUGUUUCUGUCUACUUGUGCCUUCCAGGGGGACUGGCUUCCAUCCUCAGGGGGCCUCUGGGCUUUGGGAAGGACCAUGGGCUCACACCAAUGACAAUUUAGGUCCUGGGUUCCAUCCCAGCAGCUUCCUGGCCUUCACCACUACCCCCCACCCCUGUCCCCCACUUGCAACCUGUAACCCUGUAAUUUGUCCUCCCUGACCCCAGGAAGCUGCCUAGCUGUCCUGCUGUGAGCCCCAGACAUACUUGCCUGCAGGUCUGGAGGUUAGUGGAGGUGGUACUGGGACAGCAGGCCGACUCUGGAGAGCACCCUUUCCUGCAGAGGUGUCCUUACACUAGCACUUCCCAGCACUCUGUAGCUGGCUCCUCAAGCACUGUAUUCCAUGCUUUUAAUCUGCAUUGUGUGCAGAUUGACAUUAACAGGGGCAGCCAAUGGACCCUCCUAAAGGCUCAGCCUAGUGGGUUUCAGAAGAGUUUCUGAAUAAACAUGGAAAUUUUCCUUGAGGCUGUCA